CCAACCACCAUCAACAUGGCUACCACCUUCUCCAGCGGCAGCUUCAUCUCCAGCAGGUCCUCAAUGGGCUCCUCUCGUCUCUCUUCUUCAAGUGGAGGAGGGGGCCGCAUCAGCUCCAUGAGGGCUGGCAGUGUGUACGGGGGCGCAGGGGGUUCAGGAGUCCGUAUUUCCAGUGCUUCUCGUUCCAUGGCCAUUGGAGGGUCAGGAAGUGGCUUUGGUUCUGGAGGAGGCUUUGGUGGAGGAUUCAGUGCCUCUGCAGGAGGCUUUGGUGGAGGAUUUGGAGCUUCUGCAGGAGGCUUUGGUGGGGGAUUUGGUUCUGCUGCAGGAGGUGAAUUCGGUGGUGCUGGAGGAGCAAAUGACAGCAUCGUUGGCAAUGAGAAGUUCACCAUGCAAAAUCUUAACGAUCGUCUGGCUUCCUACCUGGAAAAGGUGCACAUACUUGAAAAGGCCAAUGCCAAACUGGAGUUGAAAAUCCGCCAAUUCCUUGAGAGUAAGAUCACCCCCACUGGCGAAGGCCACAAUUAUUCUUCCUUCCAGGCUACUAUCAGUGAUCUCCAGGCUAAAAUCUUCAAUGCCAUGCAAGUAAAUAACACAGUCUACCUUGGCAUUGGCAAUGCCAGCUUGGCUGCAGAUGACUUCAAGAUGAAAUAUGAGAACGAACUGGCAAUGCGUCAAUCUAUGGAGGCUGAUAUUGCAGGGCUGAACAGUGUGCUUAGCGAGCUCAACAUGGGCCAUAAAGACCUCAACCUGCAGAUCGAAGGGCUUACUGAGGAGCUUACUUACAUGAAGAAGAAUCACAAGGAGGAACUCUUGGCUGUGAGUGAUCAGCUGGGUGGACAGGUCAAUGUGGAGGUUGAUGCUGCACCACAGGAAGACCUCACCAAAAUUCUAGCUGAAAUUCGGGAGCACUACGAGUCUGUUGUAACCAAGAGCCAGAAAGAUCUUGAAGGCUGGUUCCAGCAGAAGUCUGAGACCAUUAAACAAGAGGUCGUAGAGAGCACAGAGACUUUGCAGAUGUCCAAAACUGAGGUCAACACAGUAAAGAGCACAGUACAGUCCCUGGAGAUUGAGUUUCAAUCUCUCCAAGCCAUGAAAUCAUCCAUGGAAAGCACCAUUGCUGAGACUCAGAAUCGCUAUUCCAUGCAGCUGUCUGGCUAUCAGAUGCAGGUCAGUGGAAUGGAAGGACAACUGGUGCAGCUCCGCUCUAAUUUGGAGCGCCAAAGCCAGGAGUACCAGAUGCUACUGGAUGUCAAGACCAAACUGGAAUUGGAGAUUGCAGAGUACAGAAGACUCCUUGAUGCAGAAGCCAGCGGCAGCCACACAAUCUCAGCCGGCUCCAGCUCCAGCUCUGUGUCCACCAGCAAAACCACAAUGAUCACAGUCGUGGAGGAGGAGAUUGAUGGGAAGGUGAUUUCCUCCUCUUCAACAUCCCUUGUUAAGUGA